UGCGAUGAUCAGGCCUUUAGCGGAAGUCCUCUGUUUGGACAUGACGACAGACAGGUAGACCGGUGUGCAGACAGACAGGUGGUUCUGUCAGAAACAGCUCUCAGUCGUCAGUUAUCGAUCAUUAUCGAUCAUUAUUGAUCACCGCAGGACGACAUCGGACCCGGAAACACACCCGACACUUCCGAACUCACGUGACCGAGCUUCCAACUUCUCAUUGGCUGGGACCGUCACAUGACGCAGGAGGAAAAUGCGGUACAAAGAUCGGUUUCCUGCGCGGUCCCGGUAAAAACACACGUCACACGUGUCCCGUGUCGGUCCGGAGCUGAUCCGGACUGUAGACCUGCAGAGACCCGGAGGACAGUCCGCUCCGAGCUGGACCAUGUCCAAGGAGAAUCCACAUAAGGGGGAGCCUCCCCAGUCUGCCCCAUCCACCCAGUCCACCCAGUCCCCAUCACAGGCCCAGUCCACCCAGUCCACCCAGUCCCCGUCCCAGUCUAAGUCCCAGUCCCAGUCCCAGUCCCAGCCCGGUUCUAGUUCCUCCAGCGGGCCGACCUCAGCCAGUCAGUCGUCCAGCGGUUCGGGGACGCUGAGCAGCGUGGACACCAUCCCCGUCACCCUGCCGUCGGUCCCCGAGGAGCCCGGGCCACAACCCUGGGGCCGCCUGCUGCCCAUGGCCCGAGGCUUCAGGAGCCACGACUGCAUCGAGGACCAGUACCUGUUCGGACGGGACUCUAAGUGUAACUAUGUCCUGGAUGAUCCGGAUCACAGAGGAUCUAAAAAGUUCCGAAUCUACAGCAAGAAACACUUCAGGAUCUACAGAGAGGGCAGCGAGGUCUUCGUGGAGGACUACAGUAACAACGGGACGUUUGUGGACGGGAUUCUGAUCGGUAAAGAUAGGAAGCUUCCUCUGAUCAAUAACGCCGUGCUCGCUCUGUCUGAACAACGCAACAAAGUCUUUGUCUUCAUUGAUCUGAUGUCCGACGAUCAGUCCAGUUUACCUAAAGAGCUGCAGGAGAAAUAUCUGCUGACUCGGCGGAUCGGCACAGGCGUGUGCGGUGAGGUCAAACUGGCCUUCGAGAGGUCGACCUGCAGGAAGUUAGCGGUGAAAAUAAUAAACAAGAAGAACUUUCAGUCUGAAGGGAUGGCGACACGAAACGCAAAGACGGAGAUUGAGAUUCUACGGAGAGUCGACCACCCGUGUCUCAUAAGGACGGAGGACUUCUAUGAGACGGAGGACAGUUACUACAUCGUGUUGGAGCU